UGAUCGCGUUCAUUUGUCUUCGGAUCGGCGGCGUGUAAAGAUCGUUAAAAGUUGGGUGCGGAUGAGUAAAAAAGGAGCGUAAAAACUCUUAACGAUUUUUUACAAAUAAAUGGCUAAAUGAAAAUAUAAGAAGUUGACUGUGAAGAAGAAAAUAUAGACGAACUUGAAUUAAAUCCAAAAGAUCAAUAAAGAAGCAUCAGCUUGAUUCGUAGAAAAAAGUGUGUUGUUCAGGAAUUUAUCAAAAGCGAGUGUGUUCUGGUAUGUGUUGUGUAUACAGCUAAAUUUAAAAACUUUUCACCGUUAGGCAGAACGACUGGUUGCUAAAGUGCUGACUUAUAUUCAACUAAAAAUUAAAAAAUAAGAAAAAAAAUAUCAGUGUACGGGAAUAGCUCAGAACUUCACUUGUGAUUAAUGAAAAAAUAAUAAAAUUUGUUGUCCUACAAAAAUCAAGAUCAAUCAAAAAUCAAUCACUUCUGACCGCUAAAGUAAAAUAAUUGAUACAAAACAACCCAAUACCCAUUCUUAAAUAAGAUACAAAUCCUUAUCUUCAUCUCACAUUACCCAUCACCAAAAAACGUUUCUAAAAAGUCGAGUUUAAUGUCAUUGAAUUAAUUUCUAAUCACCACUCUUUCACCUACUCAUACUGACUAUCAAACAGAAAUGGGUCAUCCAUCGAUCUCCUCGAGCCACGUUGGCGCUGCCACAACGCUUUCCAAUGGCGAAGAUGCAGUCAAACAGCGCAUCAACGGCAUAUCGAAGUCUGCCAAUGCGACAAAUUCAGCUUCCAAUGGCUGCACUAUUGUUGGUGAGGAGCCUCCAACAUCCAAUCCACUUAAGAAAAUCGGUCUGUAUGAGCCUGUUUAUCACAUCAAUCUGGAGGAAUACACGCAAUCAUUUAAGGGUGACAAAGUGUUUGGCAUAGAGUUUAAAGCGCCUCUCAAAUGGGACAAAGUCAUUCAGAUCUUCUUGGUGCAUAUUGCGAGUAUUGUGUGUUUGUUCACAUAUCCGGUGGAAAGAUUAAGUCUCUACACGACGUUGUGGGCUUUCUUUAUGGGUGGCGUUGCUGGCUUUGGUGUUACUGCAGGUGCUCAUCGUUUCUGGACUCAUCGCUCUUUUAAGGCCAAUUUGCCAUUGCGCAGUAUUUUGAUGCUUUGUUUUUCGGCGGCUGGACAGAACACUCUCUACGAUUGGGUGCGCGAUCAUCGAGUGCACCAUAAAUACUCCGAAACUGAUGCUGAUCCACACAACUCCAACCGUGGCUUCUUUUUUGCCCAUGUUGGCUGGUUAAUGAUGCUGAAGCACCCGGAAGUUCUGCGACGCGGCCGGCAAUUGGAUAUGAGCGAUGUGUUGAACGAUCCCGUUGUACAGUUCCAUCAGAAAUACUUCAUUCCCUUGAAAGUUAUGCUGUGCUUUAUUUUGCCUUCAAUUGUGCCAAUCUACUUUUGGGGCGAGGAAUUCUCUUUGGCCUUCAUUACUCAAUGUCUCUUCCGUUAUGUUAGCAGUUUGAAUUUCACUUGGUCGGUGAAUAGCGCCGCCCAUAUGUGGGGCUCACACCCCUAUGACAAUCGCAUCAGACCCACGGAAAACAUCUACGUCUCAAUCAUCGCCAUGGGCGAAGGCUGGCACAACUAUCAUCAUGUCUUCCCCUGGGACUACAAAGCAGCUGAACUUGGCGACUACAUCGGCAACUUCACCACUAUGAUCUUAGAUGCCUUCCAUCGCAUUGGCUGGGCUUGGGAUAUGAAGCAGCCAUCACAAGAAUUAGUGCGCCGCGUUAUUGAUAAAUAUGGUGAUGGCACACAUCCAUCGUGUGGCAAGUCAGCUACUGAGACCACAUCAGUGGGUAAUUUUCAUUAUUCAGAAAUCCCCGAUCCUGAAUUUGAAGCAUCCGACGCAGAAUCGAGCAGUACGGAGAGCACUAAAUUAGAUGAAAAUGAGAAUUUGAAAAAGAAAGUGCAAACGUAGAAUCAAAUGAAUGGUUGCCAGUUAAACAGGGUGACUAUUGAGUUGGCUAAAGUGAGCGGGAGACAUCGGAGUUCAUAAAACUUUGGACGUGUGGCUGUUUAUUUUUCUUGUAAUGCGUAUAAUAAAUACUGGGUGUAUCGUCUACAUAUAUAAAUACAUUAUUUUACUCUAAUUAUUUGGAUUAAAGUUAAAUACUUGGUAUAUUUUUGCGGGUGCACUUAAGACUACACACCAACACAAACACACAAGCAGACAUAUUGUUUUUGUUUGAGAAAUAAAGUGAAAACUUUUAUUUUAAGUAAAAAAAUGAAAUACUUUGCGAGUACGAAAUAUUGUAGGUUUAGAGUGUAAGAACUUGAAUCUUUUUGCACUACCAUGUAAACACGCAAAUGGGAUAAUCAUGCAACAAAUUAUUUACAAAACUAUAUAGUAAGUUAAGUCAGUGUUUUCAAAUAAGAAUCAUUUAUUAAUUACUUUAUGUUAAAUUUAAUUUUAAUAAGUAUCUUCGCCCGAGGACGAAAUUUUUAUGUCCAAUAAAAUGAUACAUACGAA